AUCUGCAAAUCAACUAAAACUUAACUAACUAAAACUAAACUAACUACCUAAACUAGUGCAGAAGUAGUUAGUACAGCGUGUUCUCGGUCUUCACUCCUCCCACUCAGUCUGAUCAUAUGACCACCACCAACCUGACUCCACUUCCUCAAACUUCUGUGUCCAGCCUGCACGCGCUCAUAUCUCCCCACCCCCCAGACCAGGAAACGAAACCGAGAUUCAGUCCUGCACCGGUGUGUGUCUGUGUGUGUGUGUGUGUGUGUUGCAGCAGGCCCGGUGGAGCAGCCGUGGACUCAUGGCAGGUUUGAGGAGCGGAUCUGGAGCGACUAGAGCCCGGCAGAGGGGACACCGUGCAGCCCUGACGCUGCCCACGCGACUGCUGCUGCUGCUGCUCACCUGCUGCGUCAGGUGUUCCCCCCCCGCCGCCAAACCGAGCAACGUCAUCCUCAUCCUCGCCGACGACCAGGAUGUUCUCCUGGGGGGGCUGACGCCCAUGAAGAAGACCAAAGCCUUGAUAGGAGACGCAGGGGCAACGUUUCUUAACGCUUUCACCGUCACGCCGCUGUGCUGCCCCAGCAGGAGCAGCAUCCUGACGGGUCGGUACCCCCACAACCACGAGGUGAGGAACAACUCCCUGUCGGGGAACUGCUCCAGCCCCCAGUGGCAGAAGGGCCCCGAGACCACCGCCUUCCCCGCCUACCUCAGCAAGCUGAAGUACCAGACCUUCUUCGCCGGGAAGUAUCUCAACCAGUACGGAAAGAAAGACGGAGACCUUGGCUAUGUUCCACCUGGCUGGGACCAGUGGCAUGCACUGGUGGGGAACUCGCAGUACUACAACUACACGCUCUCCGUCAACGGCAAAGAGGAAAAGCAUGGAGACAGCUAUGAGAAGGACUACUUCACAGACCUCAUCACGAACCGGUCCCUCCACUUCCUGGACGACCGGAGCCCCCAGCACCCGUUCUUCCUGAUGCUGUCUCCUCCAGCUCCCCACUCGCCCUGGACGCCCGCCCCGCAAUACCAGAAGGAGUUCGCCGACGUCAAAGCCCCCCGAGACGGGAGCUUCGACAAACCGGGGAAGGACAAACACUGGCUGCUGCGUCAGCCGGUCAACCCCAUGCCGGACUCCUCCCUCGCCUUCCUGGAUAGCGCGUACAGGAAAAGGUGGCAGACUCUGUUGUCUGUGGACGACAUGGUGGAGCGGCUGGUCAAGAAACUGGAGAGCAUCAAAGAACUGGACAACACGUACAUCUUCUACACCUCGGACAACGGCUACCACACAGGUCAGUUCUCUCUGCCCAUUGAUAAGAGGCAGCUGUAUGAAUUUGACAUCCGGGUCCCGCUCAUGGUCCGAGGACCGGGCAUCAAACCUAACCAGACGCUGCAGGCUCCGGUGUUGAAUAUCGACCUGGCUCCGACCAUACUGGACAUAUCUGGUGUCAACCUGUCCUCUGUGAAUGUGGACGGGCAGUCGUUCCUCUCUCAGAUGGCUCCGUCGCUGCGUAACGGCUCCGCACGUCCCGUGUUCCUCGUUGAAUACACCGGAGAGGGACAUCCAACGACAGACCCCGCGUGUCCCAAACUGGGUCCUGGACUGUCUCAAUGUUUCCCAGACUGCGUGUGCGAAGACGCCUUCAACAACACGUACGCCUGCGUCAGGACCCUCAACAAAGACCACGACCUACAAUACUGCGAGUUUGCCGACAGCGAGUCGUUUGUAGAAGUGUACAACCUGGUGUCGGACCCCCACCAGCUGGAGAACGUCUGGAAGAAGAUGGACCCGACGUUCCUGCAGGCGAUGAACCAGCAGCUCAUAAAGCUGCAGUCCUGUCAGGGAGACAGCUGCCGCGACAUCAAGUGAAGAAGAAGAGGAGGACAAACGCCGACUCUGUGGAAGAUGGGGUCGGUUUAUCGGACCGAUUAACACAAGUGUGACCGCUGCGUCGGCCAUUUUCAUAACCAUGUUUUUGACAUUUUGACUCGUCUCGGAAGGACAAGCACAGGUGUACGUAACCGUAUGAGUGAUGGCUGGAUUCCAUUCAGCUGGUUCAGCUUCAGGGUCCUGGUGUUGUGCAUGCUGGCUCACUGCCACACUGUAAUGGUUCAUGCUGGGACGCUUGAAUAGAAGAGAUAAGAUUAGAUUAGAUAAUACUUAGAUUAGAUAAUACUUUAUUCAUCCCACAGCGGGGAAAUUCCUGUGUUACAGUAGCAUUCUCAACAAUAACAGCA